AUGGCUGACGAUGGAAUGUUAAUGAAUUUUGAGCUGGGCAGUGGGCCGCUCAAACCGCAAGUCAAAUUCACCGGAGGGAGCUGGAGAGACAGGAAGCGGGCACAGAAGAGCGCAAAGAUUGGGACACGCCCAACAGUCGAGAGAUCAGGUCUUGACGAUGACCAGCGAUCGGCAAAGAGGCAGAGAGUUGAUGGCCAUGGGCCGGGAAGACAUCACGGCCACGCCCCUGGACAGAAUAAAGGUCCUGGGAAGGGGCGCCAGGUCGUUUCCCGCUUGUUUUCGUUCAACCCAGAGCAGAAAACAACAUUCGAUGACGAGGCCGAGUGGAAGGAACCAGAACCAACAAACGCGCCACUCCUUACCGUUGCCAAUUUCGGAUCAUUGACGAUAUCUUCUCGACUCGUUGAGGCACUUGGCAAGAUGAAUCUUGAGCGACCCACGGCAAUUCAGCAAAAAGUCAUUCCUCACAUGCUAUCUAGCAGCUCAGAUGCAUUUGUUCAAGCUGAAACAGGUUCGGGAAAGACAUUUGCCUACCUUCUUCCUAUAUUGCAUCGAGUUCUCCUCCUUAGCGGACGCGGCGAGCAGCAGAUUCAUCGAGACUCGGGCAUUUUUGCCAUUAUUGUCGCGCCAACUCGCGAACUUGCAAAACAAACACAUACAGUUCUAGAACAGCUCAUCAGGCCAUUCCCAUGGUUGGUUUCUACUGCCAUUACAGGAGGAGAGUCAAAGAAGGCGGAGAAAGCCCGGCUUCGGAAAGGCAUCAGCUUCUUGGUGGCAACUCCGGGAAGAUUGGCUGACCACAUCGAUAAUACCAAGGCUCUCAACUUGGGCACCGUAAGGUGGCUUAUUCUUGACGAAGGCGAUCGACUGAUGGAUUUGGGAUUCGAAGAGGAUCUAAGGAAAGCUAUAAAUGCUCUUAAGCAGGUGGAAUUGUCCAAAACUCUUGCUUCUGGAGUAUCUCUCGACCCGCUUCCGGACCGAAGAGUCACCGUUCUAUGCUCUGCUACAAUGAAAAUGAAUGUGCAGAAGCUUGGAGAGAUGAGCCUUGCCGAUGCCACCUUCUUAGCUGCUGAGAAGGGUGCUGAGACUGUGGCCGAAAACAAGGACGAGCAGGCUGUUCACAAGGCUCCAGCACAAUUGCACCAGUCGCACAUUAUUGUACCUGCUAAGCUGAGACUGGUAACGCUAAUGGCCUAUCUCAAGUCUGUGUUCUCUCGCCGUGGCCACACAAUGAAGGCCAUCAUUUUCAUGUCCUGUGCUGAUACAGUCGACUUCCACUACGAACUUCUUAAAAUCCCCGAAAACGGCGAGGUGCCUCUGCCGGCUACAAAGGAUGCAGAACAUACUUCCAAGACCGUUGCAAAGGCGGCGUACAUUACCUCUCUUGCAAGCCCCGAAGUAGUGCUGCACAGGAUGCAUGGCUCCCUUUCACAGCCAGUACGAACAGCGACACUGAAAUCAUUCUCGGCCUGCAAGUCCCCCUCUCUUCUCAUUACAACAGAUGUCUCGUCUCGUGGUCUAGAUAUUCCUUCGGUUGAUCUGGUAAUUGAAUAUGACCCUGCUUUCAGCUUUGCCGAUCACAUUCAUCGAAUUGGACGAACAGCGCGAGCUGGACGCUCAGGUGACGCAGUCAUAUUCCUUCUUCCCGGUACAGAGGAAGGCUACAUUGAGCUCCUCAAAGCUUCUGGCUCACCGUCCCCUCUAUCAUACGAAUCUGUUCUGCAAAAGGGCCUGAUGACGAAACUGGAAUUCCCCGUGGAAACAACAGCCAAACCCGAGGAUGGGAAAUCCUAUCACGAUAAAGCGGAAACUUUGCAACUUCACUUGGAGCAGCGUCUCCUCAUCGAUAGCAAACGACUCGAACUAGCGAGGAACGGAUUCAAGUCACACAUCAGAGCCUAUGCGACACAUACCCGAGAAGAGCGUGUUCACUUCGAUAUUACUCAGUUGCAUUUAGGACAUGUUGCAAAAGCCUAUGGAUUACGUGACCCGCCAGGAGGAAUUGGUGCUGGCCUAGACCGGAAGGCAAAGGGUAGCAAGGACGCUGGGAAGAGGACAGCCCAGGGCGUCAAGGGAGCUAAGAAAGACGACGAUGAUGACAGCGACAGCGACAAGCAGGAUCAAGCGAAGCCGGCGAGAGCCAUGCUUAUGCGUAAGAGUAGGAUGCUCACGACCGGAGCUAGUGAAUUCAACAUUGGAUAG